AUGACUAUCUCUCAAGUGCCCUACCCGUCCCCUACCACUCUCAACAAGUUCCCCCAUGUGCAUGAUGACCCUUCAAAGAUGUCUCAUGCUUUGGACCCCUUUACUAUUACCACCUCCACAGGCUUUAUGCCAUAUGACACUGCCCCUACAGACCUUCCUGAUGCUUUCCAAGCUCUUCAGACUCUUGUAGAGCGCAUGCCCGUUCUCAAGCUUGAUGGCAAGCCCGGCUUGUUGGCUACCUAUGAGUUUGGUGCUGCCGUCGAGGCAGAAUUGCCUGACCUGACCAAUGAGGUUGAAAAGCUUUUCCUUGCUGAUGGUUCGAUUGAUCGCUUCACUAUGACCGCUGUCUUCCGGGACUACACAUUUGUGGCAUCGUCCUACCUGCUCGAGCCCUGCUGGGAGACCUGGUCCAAGAAUCCCGACAAUGGAUACGGCCUUGGUCGGCAGAUUUUGCCCAAGAAUGUUGCCCGUCCAAUGUAUCUCUGUGCUCAGAUCUUGGACCUUCCUCCUUUCAUGUCUUAUGCUGCCUCAUAUGCUCUCUUUAACUACACCUUUGCCGACCACUCUAAGGGUCUGUCGGACUAUUCUAAUCUGCGCUUGAUCCGCGGCUUUGAGUAUGGUCUGGACCCUAAGAGCUCCGAGGCAGGUUUCAUCUUGACUCACGUCGAUAUGGUUAAAAAGACUGGUCCACUCAUCAAUGGUGUCCUUCGAGUAGUCGAUACAAUCGAGCAGCGCGGUGCCCGCAAUGAGAUCAACGACGGCUUCCGGGAGAUCCUGACCGCAAUGGAGCAAAUUGAGGCAUCGAUGGAAGAUAUGUGGGGAAACUCCAAGCCAGCGGACUAUAUCUCUUUCCGCACCUUCAUCUUUGGCAUCACCAAACAAUCCAUGUUCCCGAACGGUGUAAUCUACGAUGGUGUCGAAGACAAUCACCCUCUCUCCUUCCGCGGCGAGAGCGGCGCCAACGACAGUAUUAUCCCCCUUCUAGAUCAUCUCUGCCAAAUUCCCAUGCCCGAAACUCCGCUCACCAAAAUCCUCCACGAAUUCCGCGCAUACCGCCCUGCUCCACACAGAGAGUUCCUUACCUACAUUCGCGAGAAAUCCGAGCAAAUCGGCGUUCGCGAAUACUCCGUUCAAGACUCCGAGACCGCAGUCCUGUUCUUGAGGGUCUUGAACCAUGUUCGCAGUUUCCGCUGGCGCCACUGGCUUUUUGCGCGCGAGUACAUUAUUCGUCGGACCCCCCAUCCUACCGCUACCGGUGGAAGUCCUAUUGUGACUUGGCUGCCUAACCAGCUGUCCGCGGUUAUGGAUCUUAUGAUUCAAAUCUAUGAAUCGUAUCUCGCGCCCAAGGAAGGAGUGACAGUUUUGAACGGAGGCCAGGAUCGCAUUGCUGGACACCGGAAGCAAGUUGAGCCUAUGAUGGAGCUUGUACGUGAUCAAAAGGAAAAGUUGGCGAAGGAGGUCGAGAAGUGGUGCCAGGAGCGGGGGGUUUGA